CUUGCCCGUGUUUGACUGUCAUCAUGCCUCUUGUAGAGCUUGGCGUAGAUUGCUACACCCGCGUACCUCCGAACACUGAGCCGGAGUGGGUACACGUAGUCAUAUCACUAGACACUGAGACUUUGGCUGUCCGUCGAUACAUCUAUCCACUGGGAAUCAGAGCAAACCCAAGUCCUCCAUGUGCAGCUGGAACCAGAGCCAACUCAAGUCCUCCGGGUGCAGCUGGGUAUCUCCCUCUCUCGGUAAUCCGCUGCAAUGCUCCAUCUUCAGCGUUUCCGGUGGUGCCCAUCCCUGGAAUAGGCCGUGGUCGGCCGCGGUCAGCACCAACUUCUGCUGGGGCUCCUCAUGCUCCAAGGUUCGUGCGCGUUCCAUUUCCAGCACGCUCAUCAGCUGCUCCAAGCCCGCCCCGACGGCCUCCUCCGUCCUCAGAGCCACCGCAGGAGUACGACUACGUGACACUGCCAGAUUCUCCACCAGAAGCAGAUCUACCUGCGCAACACCCACGGAGCCCAAGCCACUCAUGCUGUCCCCAGUUGUGAACCACCAGGACAGUGGGGGACAUCGUCACAGGAAGUACACUUCCUCGAGACGAGCGCGUGUCAGCUGAUAAAAUGUUUAUACAACUUUCAAUAAAUUUUGA